ACUGCUGAUACAUGAGUCAGUUUGAGGUGCCAUGCAAUUACAAAAAAGUCUUGUUCACAGCAGUUUCUCCCCCACUCCCCAUUCCCAGCAUCACUCAAGGAAUGACACCAAACCAUUCAAUUAUUUCUUUCUUUCUCUUUAUUUUCAUUUUCCUUUUUCUCAGCUAACCCAAGAAAAAGUUCGGCUGCAAACCAAUUGAGCACCUAGGAAAAGUGUGCAACAUGACCCUAGUGGGGGUGCCUCGUGUCGUCCCCAGUGGGAAAGUCUACAGACAGAUAUUUGAUGAUGAGAUAAACCUUGUGCGCACUCUGGGAGAGGCGAGAAGCAAGAUAGCCCAGCACAAGCUCCCGCAAAUCUCAGGAACGAUUCCGCUGGUGAGGGAUACGGAAACCUGCUCAGGCAAUGGGUUUUUAUCACAUCGUCAGCAGAUGUGGGUUGAGGGAAUGCCCAAUGAUGACAUCACUGAAAAUCCAGUGCAAUACAAAGAGGCUGCAACACUGGCAUUUUUAAAGGCUCAAGAAAGUGAAAAUGUUAUUGCUGCCCGGGAAGUCCGAGGCCUUGCUGAAGUCAUAAUUCCUGAGAAGAAAAACAGUGACAUUGUGGAACGUAUCUCAGAGAGCAGGAGGUGCCGUUACGAAGAGACGGUGGUGACGCUACGGCAGGAAUUGGCACGCAUUGGGAUGGAAAUGGAGGUGUGUUUCUUGGAGCCUGGGAAGCUAUUUCUGACCAAGCUGUCAGAAUCUGAUCGCACCAUUGAGUCCCUUUUCCAAGUUUCUGCUGAGAACCUCCACUUGGAGACUUACACCAUGGAGGACUUUGAGAGAAUGUGGAACCUUGUCUCCAAGGAGACCUUAAAAAGAAGGCAGUGGAUUAGAGAGCUGGACCAAGCCUUACUGAAGGCAGAGGUGGAUCGAACUGAACGGAUCAAACUUUUGUUGAACAAAUAUAGUAAGAUCCUGGAUGACAUUUCCUAUUUGCUACCCUCUGAUGUCCACAGGUUCAUUCACAAGGAAGCCAUGAUGAUCAACCAAGCCCUGCUGGCCAAUCGGAGAGCAAUAGCCAAGCUGUUUGUCAACCUGAUGGAGGCAGACCUGAAAGGAGACAUCUUCUAUUAUCGCAAACUGGAGGAGAGAAUAAAGACCUGGAGAGCCAAAUGGAAACAGAACAUCAUUUACAGUUUCAGACAGUUCAUGGAAAGUGAAAGAAUACGGCACCCGAGUGCUGUGAAUGUGGAGCUGGAGAGCAUGCUAAAAGAUCAAGAAUCACUCACUGAGAAUAGAACAGCACUGUUACAUUCUCUGGGCAAUAUGCUGCCUUUGAUGCAAUCCAAGGCUGAAUUAAACGAGUGGUAUGAAUCUGUGGUGGCUAUAAAUAAGCGGAUAGAUACCCACAAUGUCCAAUACUUAAUGAAAAUCCGCCUCCAGUAUGAGAAAGUUUGCCAGGAGUGUUUGUCAAAGGUGCAGGAGUGUAAGAACAAACUGAUAGAUAAGAAAAUCUGCACGGAAAAAGAGGCUGAAAGGAUUGUGAAUCCAAAUUUCUACCAUUUAGUUGGGAGGUUGCAGAGUCGGUUUGAACAGGAGGUAGAAAUGAUGGACGACCACUUAGAACAGUUGGUUAAGCACACAGAAAUCAACUGCAGGAACGUCUACCAGUACUUCCAGGAUGCUCUCGCUCUCUUUGAUACCCACAAAUGCAACCUUGUUCGUCAUGAAAACGAGCUUCACAGUAAAAUGAACGAAUGCCGAAACAAGCACGAAAAUCUAAACAAGGUCAGAGCAGGGGUCUGGUUUAGUGAGGGGUGGGAGGACAGAGGAUACAAUGCGGUAGGCCGUAUCAGAGAUUUUGGUAGGGGGCAGAAAGAAGAACGCUUGUUGCUAAGGGAAGCCAAUCUGGAUGUGACAGUGGACAAACUCAGGACCCAAAGUUCCGAUGAAAAACUGAAGGCCCAGCUGGAGAAAGUUUAUGCUGUUUUGGACUUCAUUCGAGCUGGUUACACAUGCCAAGUCUACACCCACAUUGAGGAGGUGCAGUAG